UUUCUACCAAAACCGACGAUUUCGAGAAAUCUUCUCACUGAUUAGCAAGAUGUCUUCGGCUCGUUCUGCGAUCACAAAGCUAAGGUUGGCUCGAUCCUUGAGGGAGAGUCAGAUUGGAGCAUCUCGUUCGAUGGAAUCGGCUCGAGGACCGGCGAUUCGGUGCUUCAGUGACGAUAAAGGUCGCGUGCUCAGCGAAGAGGAACGCGCGAAAGAGAGCAUGUACAUACAGAAAAUGGAGAAGGAGAUACUGGAGAAGAAGAAGAAACUCGAGCAACAGAAGCCAGAUAAUGAGAAAGGAAGUGCAGACAAGAAAUCUGAGCAAAGCAAGCCAUGAGUCGCCGUAUGCAGAAUCUGGUUACAAGGCAAGCAGUAGUGACAAAUAAUAAUGCCUUUUCACCUUUGUACUCUCUUGUGUAUGAGAUUUUGGACAUGUACAGAGAAUUUAACUUUGCUGAUGUGUGUUUGUGUGUUCUAGGAAUAAAUGUAUGUUCUAUGAAUGAAUAAAUCAAGUUUAAAAUAA